AUGUUGCUGUUACAGCAUCGCUCAAGGGAGAUGCAAAGCGACAAUCUAAAAACUCUUCUCCGCAUGAUUGCUCGAAUUGAGGCUCUUGGAAAGGACUCGGGAUCCGAAUACGAGGGCACUCGUGAUAUUGAGCAACUAAGAAAAAUUCUGUCAGAUGGGAUGCCACCGUGCUCCAAAUACGCUUUUACCGACCACGUUAGAGUUCAGAUUUGCGAACUCAAGAAAAGUAUAAGGACGAGGACGGAGGUAUCCUCUUACAUUGGAAUUGGUGCUGCGAUAAUAACGUCCCAUGAGAUUGCAUUUACAACAGAAACAAUCAACCUGAGUAUGGAGCUCAGCGGAUUUGAUCUGUAUUUGGAUGAGCGUCUAUGUGUUUACCCUCGGCAAGAGGUUACAAUAUGUCAAAAUGGAGCCAUUCGCAAGGGGUACAUCGCUGAAGUGCUAGAACCUCACACAAAAAAGACACUUGCGGAAAAGCUGAUGGAAGAUUGUGAGCUCAUCACUGGCGAAAACCUGGCUAUCUUGAUUCCACGCGAAUUUCUAGCCAAGCUAGAAGCAGAACCUUACAGUUCGCAUUCCAGCGACAAUUUAGAGUAA